AUGAAGCAUUUGUUUCUGACGUUUCUGUUCAUUUUCUCUAUCGAUAAAGGAAUAUACAUUUUACGACAACUAGAAAUUGAGGAGGAGCCGGAGCUGCCGGUGUCGGUGCGGGUGGGCGAGUCGCCGGUGUCGCGCAGCAACGGCGUGGUGCGGCCGCCUUCGCCCCCGCCGCCCGCCAUCCUCGACUUCGCACAAGAACAUUCCAGGCCGCGCACUAACGGCAGUCACGGGCCAACCCAAAUCCCGUCCCCUCCGUCGGUGGGCAGCAACGGCAGUAGUAAUGGAAGCUCCAGCAGCAGCAGCAAUGGUAGCAGCAGCAGCGGCAACGGAAUCCCUCGCGCCGGCACCCGCGAGGUCCACAAUAAGCUGGAGAAGAACCGAAGAGCACACCUUAAAGAGUGCUUCGAAAUGCUGAAGCGGCAGCUGCCGGCUACCCCUGAUGACAAAAAGACCUCUAACCUCUCCAUACUGGGUUCUGCUAUACGGUAUAUACAGGUGCUUCGACGCAAGGAACGCGAAUGCGAGCACGAGAUGGAAAGGCUAGCCAGGGAAAAGAUCGCCGCGCAACAGCGGCUCGCCGCACUAAAGCGAGAGGUGACGAUCCGAGCCGCCGCCGUCCGGCCUCGCGUCUUUGAUGGUGAUGAGGACAAAGAGAGAGAGGAAAAUAUCGUUAACGGUCAAGUUUUAGGAAUUCCUAUAAGUAUUAACUGCUCCCCUCCGCGAGAGGCAAUCCGCGCGGACACCCCCCCGCCCCGCACCCUCAACCUCAGCACAAAGCUGCGCACACUGCCCAUACAGAUAUCGCCGACUACCUCGCAGGUAGUGCGGGCGUCGUACGGUGCGAGGCACGGCGCUCUCACGCUCACGACCAUCGCGCCUGCGCAUUCCACCUGUACAGUUCAGAAGAGCGAGGACGGCACGGCCGCGGAGUUCGGUACAUUGGUGCAGCCCGCGCAGAUACAUUUGCCCAUCUCACAGGUGGUAGGCAGCGGCGGCCUCAUGGUGAGUCCGGCCGCCAUCCAGUUGCUCUCCACCGGCGGAGGACUGCGGGUGCUGCAAACGAACGGCGUUACGACUGAGACCAGUCGGCUGUCAAAAGAGAACGGCGUCAGCGCGUCGGCCGCCGGCCCCACCGAAGGCAAUAGCGUGGUAGUGAGCGGCCUGACUCCGCUGGUGGUGUCCCAAUCGACCGCGCACUUGCUGCACACACACACGCACACAAUCACCCAAAAGAUGGUCGAGAGCGGUAUGGUGAAGAACGGCGUGCCUCCGCUGGCCGUGAGCGCGCAGUACCUGACGGCGACCACGAUCGUGAAGCCCGUGGUCGUGGUCACCUCCGCCCACUCCCCGACCACGUGA